AUUUUACACCCUUAUUUCUUAAUCCGUUCUUGAGGUUAUUAUUUAUUUUAAAAAGUGAAGUUUGACAUGUACUCAGGUCUGUUACACCAUGUCUUCCUUUAAAAGCAGACUAAAAACAUGACAUGACAUGAUAAUGUUAAUUUUAUGUGUAUGGUUCUUGUUUGUCAGUACAUAAAUGAUUUGAUCCACUAUCACUGCUUGCCUUGCAAUCAGAGCAAAAGUCGAAAGACUCAGCAACCACGUAUUUUUCCGUUCUCUAUUUCUCUGUUUAGCAUCUUCAGGUUAGGCUAACCCAUUAUCGCUAACUUUGGAGCUAUCCUCCUUCAUUUUUCCAGCAGACACUGCAAACAGGAGGACUGCCUCUCCCAUUGAUGGUCUCUUUAUUAUUGUUGGAGUGCUGAUGAAAAGUGUAAUGAGCGGAGCGACUUCUGCCAUUUGCCCACCUCAGCCAAUGGAGGCAGUAGAGGGUGGUGAUGUCACUCUACCAUGUGAGCUGUACCCGUCAAAAAACGUGUCUGCUUACACAGUGGAUUGGAAGAGAGUUGAUCUCAACGGGAUAGUCUACUCCUAUCGACAUAAGAAGGACCACCAUGAUGCACAGAUGGAGAGAUACACAGGCAGGACAACUGUCAACCAUGACGGCCUGAGCAGAGGAAACCUGACACUGCGUAUCUCCUCAGUACAGCUGAAUGACAGUGGACGAUACAGGUGCUUUGUUCCGAAUCUAACGGCCAGAUGUUUUGUUAACGUCAGUGUUGUACCAAAGAGAAUUGAUGACGCUAACACAAAUGGACCUCCAGUGGAAGAUGAUACUGAGGCACAUCGUGAUGCUGCAAAGGAGAGGACUUCCUAUGCCAUUGCCUUUCCCAUUGUUGGUCUCAUUGUUAUUGUUGGAGUGCUGGUGAAACGUGGAAUGAUCAAGAAUCGUAGGAGGGGGCAAGAAGGAGAGAUGGUGCCAAACAACAUCCAAAUGAUGAUGAACCAAGCAGCAGAAGCCUGAAAAAUAUCCACAGGAGAAUAUCUGUCUCCACCCAAAAACACCUGCCCUGUAUUGUUUUGAAAUAUUUUGUUAUUUUUCUGUUUUCAGAAAGCAAAAAAAUAUCCAGCAAGAGGUGUAGUGAUGAUCAGCAGAUUAUCUGUUGCACUGAGAGAACGACCGUGAAUCACCUCAAUGAUCGAAAACUAUUCUAGCCUCACCAGCUUUACCAAAGUGCUAUUAAAAAAACUCCAUCAACUUCCCCAUAUGGACUAGUUAAAGAAUUACACAUUUUUAACAAUAAUGGUUCAAGAAGCACAGUUUGGGGAAAAGAAAGAAAAACUUUUAUCAAAAAUAUACAGAACAAUUUUAAAAUGGUACUGUAUGUGAUUUUUUUUGUUUGUUUUUGUGAUAACUUCACUGUUACGCUGUUCCAGGGCUGUAGGACAACUUUUUAUGACUUGAAUAACAUUGAGAAACUGGCUUUUAGAUUAAUCUCAGUCAGUCUACUGUACUGCAAUGCUUUUUGCUUGUUUACCUGAGAACAAGGACAGAGUAUUUUCUGUUUUGCACAGGAGAAUAUCCGUCUCCACCCAAAAACACCUGCCCUGUAUUGUUUUGAAAUAUUUUGUUACUUUUCUGUUUUCAGAAAGCAGCACUGACAGUUUGACCAGAACUGAUGCCCAUACCAAAUAGAUUAACUGGAUGAACAAUAUUCAUAUUUUGUAUGUAUGACUUAAGUGUAACAACCACCUCUUGUACAGCAGUGGAGUCAGUGAUAUAUUGCUGCUGAUCUGUGUGUUUACAAUGACUCUUGACUGGUUGAAGCUGGUACAGCAGACUGUAAACCAAUCUGUGUGUCCAUCUCUCAUGUAACUUCACUGUCGGACACUUUUGAAAAAAUUCCUGCACAAAUUUUAAUUAGACAUACACAAAAUAUUUCUACAGCUUCUGCAGGCAUCUGUUUCCAAAAUAUAUUCAGGUGGAGAUAAAAACCUUAUACUUCAGUGUGUUCAAACUUCUUUCAAACUAUGUACAAUUAUGGUUACUGACUUUCUCUCCACCUCCCUACACUCAUAUUUUGAGUGUAAUUCAUUUGUCAGAAAAGAGGCAAAAUGCGCUAUAAACAAAGUUAAAGAUGAUCUGACUGAUAACUUUUUUUUCAACAUUUUCUCUAGAUAUCUAGAUAAUCUCAUUAUCAUCAAUUCUUUUGGCCACGAUAAUCGUGUUGUCAAAAUCUGAUAUUGUGACAGCCCUAAUGUGCACAUUAUAUCUGCGUGCACAAAACUUUUUCACACCUGCACAAAAUAUUUCUACAGCUGCAAAAAUUUAUUACACAUUCACAAAUCAUUUCACAAGCUCAAAAUAUUAUUGACAAUUAUUUGAUUCCAUAAACCAUCUCUAUCUUCUUCUAUGAUUAGGAGUUGGUGUCGUUUGAAUUGAGCUCUCCAGUCAAAUUCUUAGAGAAGUUGGUUAGUUGAAUUACGUCAGCCUCAACUAAUUUUCCGGUAAUUACAUUAUCAUUUGACUUUCCACUAUCAGUCGUUCCUGACUUAUAACUCACCAUUGAGCACAUAUCACGCUCAUUCUGGUUGAUUAUUCAUUUAUCUGUUUGCACUAAUAAAUCAUUUAUUCACUUGUUAACCAGUUUUAUUAAAUAAAUAUGCAUUAUCAGUAUUUCAUUGUCUGUGGCUUCAAUCCAAGCAGAGUAUAAGAUCCCUGUAUCGUAACACACUAAUUCAGACGUGAGAUUGAUAAAAGUGUUUCUAUGUUUCUUCUCAGCACAGUUGAAGGAUAAAAAGGGAAGUGGUGCUGUGAUCAAAGGAGGAUUUUAUAUUAUUAAAUGUGGAUGUUCCUACACAGGUUCACCUUUAACACAGUUUAAACACAAAUUAUGUACUUGAACAAUAUGAUUAAUAGAUUAAAAUGUGCCUUACAUUUCUUUCUUGCCUCAUGGUCAGCCAUGGUGAAAAAUGUGGCAUUGUUGUACUGCAGUCCACUUUAUAUAUAUAUAAAGUAUGGGAAGA